GUCACAACAAACCCACGUGACAGGUGGCGGAAGUGACGUCACAAGUCCACCCGGAAAACGGCACAAACAAGAGCCGGAGCUUUCGGCUUUCGGCUGGAUACCUCGCUACUGAUCUAUCGACCAGGAUCACAGUGAGCAGAAUGGCUGCGGACUGGCUGGGUAAUGUUGUGUCAAUCAACUGCGGUUUGGCGUUGGGAGUUUAUCAGGGAGAGGUGUCGUCUGUUGAUUGCGCCAGCCAGACCAUCUCGCUCAGACAGCCCUAUCACAACGGGAUCAAGUGUCCUGUGUCCGAGGUCACGUUCAGUGCCAUGGAUAUCAAGGAGCUGAAGUUUCUAGAUGUUCAGAAUACAGCCAACAAGCCCAGGUCUGCGCAGGGAGCUGCAAAACAACCCAGCCUCAUAUCAGCAGGACACCACAGCCAAAGUAACAGAACCAUUCACCCUCCUGUUACAAGCAGUAGCCCUAAUUCCCACACUGCUCCUAUCACCAUCCUACGUAGAGGUUCCUCUAACAGCAGAGGGGCGACACAGGCCACACAAAAGAAAAACAGCGUGAGGAACGGAAGCACCAUGGGGCCGACGAGGUCGAAGGAUGACGAGUGCUUCGGGGGCGGGACUGAUGGGGACCUGGACGCUGACUUUGACUUUCAGGGGAAUUUGGCUCUGUUCGACAAAGCCGCCGUCUUCUCCCAGAUUGACGGGACCAGUGGCCACGGCAGCAGGACACAGCAUCACAGCGCACAGGCCAAACAGAAGCCGCUGUCGUAUCGCCACGAUGAGAAUAUUCUGGAGAAGAAACCCGUCACAUACCGACAGAUUACGGUGCCCCAGCACGGGGGUAAAGACUACUGUACUGACUCGGGCCUGGUGGUUCCCAGCGUGUCCUACGAGCUUCACGCGCGUCUCCUGGCGGCCGCCGAGCACUGGGGCCUCACUCUCGAGAGAAGGCUGGAGAUGAUCGGUGUCUGCUCCAGUCAGAUGGCUCUCACAUUGCUGGGUGGACCCAACAGGCUCACCCCAAAAAACGUCCACCAGCGGCCCACUGUGGUCCUCCUGUGCGGGCCCCACCUCCAGGGAGCGCAGGGCGUCAGCUGUGGCAGACACUUGGCCAACCACGGAGUGGAGGUCAUCCUCUUCCUGCCCAAUUUUGUCAAGAUGCAGGAGUCGGUGACCAGUGAGGUCAACCUCUACGGCAGGACCAGUGGCAAGCAAGUGGCCAGCGUCAAAGACCUUCCUGCGAGCCCAGUCGAUCUGCUCAUCAACUGCCUGGACUGCCACGAGAACCCUCUGCUGAGAGAACAGUCCUGGUACCAGUCAGCUGCAGGCUGGGCCAACCAGAACCGGGCCCCGGUCCUCAGUAUCGACCCUCCAGUCGGCGGUCGGCAUCAGACUGUCGAGGCAAAGUGGACUCUCUCUUUAGGACUUCCACUGCCUCUGGCUGAGACGGAGAGCCGGGUCUACCUCUGUGACAUUGGCAUCCCUAAGCUGGUGUUCCAGGAAGUAGGAAUCUGCUACCACUCACCCUUUGGAUGUAAAUUUGUCAUUCCCCUGCACCGAGAAUAACUAGAAUAUAUCGUUUCUCAUAGUGCACACUGGGAGGUGGUGGUGAAAAAAAAAACAUUGCCACCAGGUAUGUCAUAAAUGUAUUAUUUUCUAGUUUUUUUUACAGCUUACUGAGACGUUUUGGGGGAUCAUCUGAAAGACUGACGUACAUGUGCUGUAUGUAUGUCCUCUUACCCACUGGAAAGUCCGGGGGGUUGCCGCGUGUUGCGUGCGACACCUCUUGUUUUUGAAAGGGAAAGGUUUCCUGUUCUUUGCUGUGUUUUGAUAAGGGCUCUGCGACUGUGUGGAUAUGUUUACAAAAUGCUGAGCGCUGUGAGUUUGUCUGUGACCUCUGACCCCGUGACCAGUCAGAGCAGUGGAGACUCAGUUCCUGUUUCCUCCUUUAGAUUGUGCUGUGGAGUCUGGUCCUGACCCCCGUGAACUGGAAACACAGCUCCGGCCUGAAUCUGCCAGUCAUACGCCCAACAGUUGAUUUCCACGUCCACUGUCUUUUUCAAUUUAAUGGUCUAUUUUUUUACAAACUGUCAGUAAUAUUUGUAGCAUGUUUCACUGAAGAUAGGGUAUUAUAGAGAAUUUAUAUUUGUAUUUAUUUUUUGAAUACACCUCAUGAACGGUGUAUGAAAAUUGAAAUACUAAAUAUUUGCAUUUACAUUUUCAUUUGACUCUUACUGAACUGCUGGUUGUUUCGAAUUAAUAGCCGCCGAAACCGAAAAUGAGAAGUGGUAGCAGAAACGGGAGGAAUCUUUUUCUGUAGAGGAAUUUGUAGCGCAGAUUCCAAGGACCAAAGACCUCAUCUUGGACCAGGUUCUUCUCCAGGGAUUAUGAGGAUGUAGGUGCAGGGGAACCUAAUUAUUAAACAUUUUUGACAAAUCAGAUUCAACCACAUUCAGUUACAUAACUAUUCCAACCUCCUCUUCUGCAGUCAGCAGUGAGUUUUUUGUGUGAAAACUUUGGAUCGGCACAAUGUCCAAGUUCAGAAGAACAAAUAGAACGGCCUUAUUUGUCCGUUGGCAGCUAUGCACUAAAUUAUGCAGCUCUGACUGUUUCCAGGGCUGUUAGGUGUCUGUGUCAUGAUUUUUUUUUCCAACUACUUCUUUCUGUAGAAACUUGAAAUAAAAACUGUGGUCACAAGGUUCAAACUAAA